AUGUUCUAUCUGUAUACUCAAUACUUGGCAAAGAGAUACAGUUUAAAAACUGUGACGUGGAACUUCUGCGAAGCGGGCCAUGGCAAAGGGCCCAUGGAUGGAGUGGGUGCUGUAAUCAAGCGUACCGCAGAUCGUAUUGUUGCUCAAGGGUCAGAUAUACCUGAUUUCAAUACACUUAUGAGGUGUAUUAGAGAAAACACUACCAAUGUCAUAAUUUCAACCGUAACUACGAAACAAAUUGAAGAACUUAAUAAGCUAUUGCAACGAAAAAUCAACAGUGUUCCUGGAAUUACAAAAGUUCAUCAAAUGACAUGGGACUCGCACAUGGCGCAAAAAAUAUUUUUACGAAAAUUAACAUGCCUAACAUGCGCCUCCGGAGAACGGUGUCUACACUACUCGUUGCCCGACAGUUAUGUGGAAUUUUCUAACCCAUUGCAAAUUUUUGAAAGUCUUGAACUGGAAUCGGAAACUGAAACGCCGCCGGUUGAAGUAAACGAGGAAAACUUAGAUCGGCGGGAAGAAACAGAUGAGAGAGAUAGCGAAGAACAGGAGGAGGAAGAACUGGCUAGUGAGACUGAAGAAGAGGAGGAUAAUGAACUGGACAGUGAGAGUGAAGAACUGGAGGAUAGGGGACAGAAUAGUGAGGCUGAAGAACAGGAGGAUAUGGAACCGAAUAGUAAGGCGGAAGGACACGAGGAUGAGGUACUUGACAGUGAGAGUGAAGAACAGGAGAAGGAGGAACUUGAUAGUGAGACUGAAGAACAGAAGUAUAAUGAACUGGAUAGCGAGACUGAAAACUGCAGGAUAGGGAACGCGGUAGUGAGACCGAAGAACAGGAGGAUUUGGAACCGAAUAGUAAGGCGGAAGAACACGAGGAUGAGGUACUUGACAGUGAGAGUGAAGACUUCAAUAUUUUCUGAUUAUCAUUUUAUUUAA